AUUAAAGAGCAGAAGGUUGUAGUUGAUGAGCUUUCUAACUUGAAGAAAAAUCGGAAAGUUUAUAGGCAGCAACCCAAUAGCAACAUAUUCUUCCUUGUAGACCGAACAGAAACGCUAUCUCAGUGCAAAAAUACAUUAGAUGAAUUAAAGAAGGCACAUCAGGAGAUGGAAAAUUCAGAAAAGACUAAAAUCAAGAAAUAAUCCAUCUGAAUUCAAAGUCACAAUGUGUGGUAUUUGUUGCGUUGUUACCUUGUGUAGCCAGCAUGCUAUUUAUGAUUUCUUUAAUGAAGACAUACUCUGCCAUCUUAGGAGAAGAGGACCAGACAGUAGCCAACAGUUGAUAAAAACUGCAUCUGAUCUCUCUUAUGAGUGUCUGUUUUCUGGCCAUGUACUUCACUUGAGGGGACUUCUGACUCCUCAGCCUCUGGAAGAUGCCAAUAACAAUAUUUUUCUUUGGAAUGGAGAAAUUUUCAAUGGAGUCCACGUAGGAGAUCUAGAGAAUGACACUCAAGUACUGUUUCAUCAUCUUGCAUUAUGCAGUACUGAAGCAGACAUUUUGUCACUGUUUUCAUCGCUUCGAGGUCCGUGGUCUUUUAUUUAUUAUCAAGCAUCUAGUCACAGUUUAUGGUUUGGUAGAGAUUAUUUUGGUCGUCGUAGUUUGCUUUGGCAAAUCAGGAAUGAGGACAGUGUUUUCUGUCUCACAUCUGUAAGUGUUUAUUCUGAAUCAGGUAACCAGUGGCA